GUUUCUCCUCUGCCUCCUACUUAAAGGUCCAUGUUAAAACCCACCACGGUGUUCCCCUUCCCCAGGUCUCCAGGCACCAGGAGUCCAUCCCGAAUGGGGGAGCAGCGUUCCACUGCGUCAGGACCUAUGGCAUCAAAGAAGGCCAGAAAUGUUCACAUUCGGACCCGAUUGAGAGUUCUGAUUCAUACGGAGACCUCUCUGACACCAGUGACCUCAAGACUCCUGAGAAGCAGAGCACCAAUGGGUCCUUCUCGUGUGACAUGGCAGUCAGCAAAAACAAAAUGGAGACGGAAGGAGAGAAGAAGUACCCUUGCCCUGAAUGUGGCAGCUUUUUCAGAUCCAAGUCUUACCUGAACAAACACAUACAGAAAGUUCACGUCAGAGCCCUUGGUGGCCCAUUGGGGGACCUUGGUCCUGCUCUAGGAUCCCCCUUUUCACCCCAACAGAACAUGUCUCUCCUGGAGUCGUUUGGGUUUCAGAUCGUCCAGUCAGCAUUUGCAUCAUCCCUAGUGGAUCCAGAGGUCGACCAGCAACCAAUGGGGCCAGAGGGGAAAUGAGAUCGGUUUGAUCUUAACAAAGCAAAGCGGCAGUCUGGCUAUAAUGAUAAGAUGCUGUGAAUGAAAGAGGAAAUAAUGAAAUUUGGUUCUAUAGCUGAGAAUUUUUUAUUCCUUUUAGCUUCCCUCUUUGUCUCAUGCCCUACCCCACCUUUAAACCUUCCCUGGGGAGAGGGAGAAAAUGCUUCUUAGCUGAUGAAUUACAGAAGAUGGUGACCUUGAAUAGGAGACAUGACCUAAAACACCUAAUGGAGCUUUAGAGGCUGCUGCUGGUGUUUCGUUACAAUCUUCCGGAAUAAACAAAAGUUCCCAGCACCGAUUCGAGACUUAGACAGUCCUAGUGACCGAGGCACCUGCGGAGCUACAGCUACAGGGAGCUAUGCUUUCAUUCUCUCUCUACUUCCCACCUUCCCUAACCUACCCAAGAAGAACAGUAAGUUUUUAAA